AGGAGGUUUAUAGAGAUUGGGAGUAAGAGGGGGAGAUGGCUGGAGGGGUAGGACGGAGAGGUGGAGCGGUGUAUCUGCAAUGUAUGACCUCUAACAGGGGUAGGAUGCAACGCACAACUGCAAAACUCACACAGGAGAAAACAGCACCCCGUGUCCUGCCACCCUGAUGUGCCACCCGGUGUAAUGUGCCCCCCUGGAACUGGGAGAGACGCCACUGCAGAGUCGCUCUUGGAAAGACGCCUCGUUUCCUUCCCAUGAUGAAGAACAAAGUCACACUAGAUGACUAAGGGCCAAUUAUUCCAGAAGACUCAGAACUGGCUCAUUAACAAGACUGGCAGCAGCUCUCCAUAACAACAUCAUAUUCCUUCCAGAGAUUCAAGUUAUUAGAUGUUCUUCUUACCUCUGCCCUUUCUGAUAUAGACUCCAGAAGUCAUGGUCCUACAACACAAGUUCUUGAACAGUAGAGGAGAGAUGUUUAGAAGAAAGACGUACAAGCUGGAGAUAAAGGUUGAUGGAACUUUCUAGAGUUCAUAUCUGGUAUAUGAUUACUAAUAGUUCCUUAGUUUGAGGAACUACUGUUGUCUUCUGGUCAUUGAUUCUCUUCAAUAUCCAUGAUGGAUUGCUUGGUAAAGAACUAGAUGACUAGUCUGGGAUUAUUAACUGCUCAUUAGAUGAAGAAGAAGCCACUUUUCUCUUUGGGUCAUUGGAUCAAUGUCAUAGUUGAUUGACAAAAACUGGGUUACUAUCUGGUCUAGGACUACAAAUAGUUCCUUAGUUGAAGGAGCCAGAGGGUCAUUGGAUCUCAUGGUCAAGGGGUUGCUUGACAAGGAACUAGAGUCCUCUCUGGUCUAGGAUUACUAAUUGUUCCUUAGUUGAAGUAGUCACUUUCUUCAGAUCUCAUCAAGGGAUUGCUUCAUAAAGAACUGGAUUCCUAUCUGGUCUAUGAUUAGUUAUUGUUCCUUAGAUGAAGGAGCCACUUAUGUCUGUGGUUGCUGGAUCUCAUCAAGGUCACAGAGUGAUUGCUUAAAAAAAAGUAGAUUCCUAUCUGGUCUGGGAUUAUUGACUGCAGGUAAAGGACCUACAUAUCACCACUACUCAUAUGAGGGAAACCUUGGAAUACCUAAAUAAACAUGGUCUCUCAAAGUCUGAAGGUGAGGCAAGAUGUCCAUAACCUCUUGAGUAAUAAUGCAAAGACAAUACAUGGUGUUAUUAAGACCCUCCUGCUGAUGUGCUGAUGGUGUUAACGUGGGAUUGCCCAAUAUACUAUUUUUGCCAAAAAGGUCCUUACCAGUGACCAUAUGCUCACCAUGAGUUAUCAAGGAAUAAUGGACUCUCAAGACCUUUGUGCAUUGAACCUUAGCUGCUUUCAUUUAAAAGAGCAGGAGAAGACCUAUGGACCUAAUAUUACGGUGCUCAAUGAUAAGGCGUUUAUCCUCCCAACUUUCUCCACUGCUGCAAAGAUACGAGUGGCCAUUACUUGCGUCCUCUUCAUCUUCUCAGCUUGCUUCAACAUAGCUGCCCUGUGGACAAUCACCUAUAAAUACAAGAAGAAGUCCCACAUCCGAAUCCUCAUUAUCAAUUUGGUGGCCGCUGACCUCUUCAUUACACUGGUUGUAAUGCCCUUGGAUGCUGUGUGGAACGUCACCCUUCAGUGGUAUGCUGGAGACUUGGCAUGCAGGGUCCUCAUGUUCCUCAAGCUGGCCGCCAUGUACUCAUCUGCCUUUGUCACAGUGGUGAUCAGCUUGGAUCGCCAGGCUGCCAUCUUGAAUCCAUUAGGAAUUGGGGACGCAAAGAAGAAGAAUAAAAUAAUGCUCUGCGUGGCUUGGUUUCUGAGCUAUCUGCUGGCAAUCCCACAGCUCUUUGUAUUCCACACAGUGAGCAGAUCGGAGCCGAUACACUUUGUCCAAUGUGCAACGGUGGGAAGCUUCCAAGCCCACUGGCAGGAGACCAUCUAUAACAUGUUCACCUUCUUCUGCCUCUUCCUGCUGCCUCUCCUCAUCAUGGUGUCCUGCUAUACACGCAUCCUGAUGGAGAUAUCGCACAAGAUGAAGGCAACUUGCGUUUCCUCCAAAGAAAUUGACCUCCGGCGCUCAUCAAAUAACAUCCCCCGGGCUCGAAUGAGAACAUUGAAAAUGUCCUUGGUGAUAGUGCUGACCUUCAUCGUGUGCUGGACUCCAUAUUAUCUCCUAGGGAUAUGGUACUGGUUUUCCCCAGAGAUGUUGACCGAAGAGAAAGUUCCACCGUCCCUCAGCCACAUCCUCUUCCUCUUCGGCCUCCUGAACACGUGCCUGGAUCCCAUUAUCUACGGACUCUUCACCAUCCACUUCCGAAGGGAGAUCAGACGAGUGUGCCGAUGCGCCGCUCAAGGAAAGGACCACGACACUGCCUCUGUGGGCACUGGGUCCUUCCGUAUAACCACAACCCCUGCGCCUAUGAAGAGGACAGUUGGGGUUCUGGGGGGGUCUGGUAAGUUUGAGUUAGAGGUUACUGGGCAUGGACUCCAUUCAGGGAAAUGCGACCAGUGUCAGGGAAGGAUUGUGGAGAGUUUCAUGUGAACGUUCAACCACAAACGACAAUGCACCACAACGGCCACCAUUAAUGGACGCAAGAUGACCAAACGCA